UUGUCCAGCGCCUCCUGGACCUGCGGGGACCAGCACCGUCCUCCCCGCCCCUAGUCAGUCAUAUAGGUUUAAGGCAAUUUGGGGACAGUCCCGGGGCGGUGACCAACGGGAGUAGGGACGCCGGCCAGCACGGGCAGAAGGGCUGGACGGAGAAGCAGAAUGGUGUUGUCCCACGGGCCGGCGUGGGCGCACACUUGACAGCAGGGGCAGAGUAGACGGGAGGAGGCAGGGGCGGGAUGGGACAGAGGCGGUGGGUGGAGACGCAGGGCCGGCCGCGUGGGACAGCUUCAGCGGCUCCUGUGUGCUGGUUGACAGGGAGGCGCUGUCCAGACCAGGAAAUACCAGAGCGAAGGCCAGGACAGGGUGCGGCUGGGCGGAGGGGCCGGGCAGGGGCAACAGGGGGCCCGGUGACCUCAGCAGAGCCUACUGUGGACAGAAGCUGGGCUUGCAGGAGAGCAGGUCUGGCUGCGCAGUGGCCACAGGCAGGAGGUGACUCACCUGUGAGCGCGGGACUGGCCACACCCCACGCGCCGCGCUGACACCCAAGCAGCCUGGGGAGCUAGGAGGAGGCCGGUCCGCUCUGCGUUGCGGAUGAAUCCCAGAACUCCCUAGCCUGGGGGAAGGCCCCAACCAGACUCCCGGCCUCGGCCUCGGCUGCAGCCUCCCCUCCGCCACUCCUCUGCUACACCCGACUUCCGGCUGGAGCUGGGGUACUGUGGCUUGCUUCCCCAGGAGACCACAGGGUCCCUGAAGGAUGGCAAGGCGGCCAGGACACAGCGACACGGGGUUUUCCCUGGACACUUGGGAGCCAUAGCCGGUGCUGAGUAAGGGAACAAGCAGGCUGGAACUGAGCUCCAAGAGCAGGAGGCACCAUGUGCAGCGUGGAGGACACAGCCCUGCUGCAGCUGAAGGAGGCCUUCCUGGCCACGCUGGAAGGGGUCAGCUUGAGCAUCCUGCAGCCCUUGCUCCUGGCCGACCCAGAGCCCUCGGAGCCCCGGGGCCAAGAGUGCCUGUGGCUCCUGCAGCAGCUGCAUGGGAGCUUCCAGCAGCUGCAGGAGGUGACCAAGCAGAGCCUGGAGUCCCUGCAGAAGAGGCUCCACCAGCCAGGCACCACCGGCCUGGAGUCCCUGCUGCUGCUGGGCAGUGCUGACCGCUUCCUGCAGGUCCACAUGGAGUAUAUCGAGUCCUACACAAGCUGCGUGGUGGUGCAGGUCUUCCAGCAGGUGACAAAGAGGAAGGGCAAGUACUGGCAUAGGCAGUGGGGGCUGCUGCAGAAACACCUGCCGGACGUGAGCUUGGAGGGCCCGGUGGACACUGUGCUGGCCCAGGCCCUGUGCCAGCCGCUCACACAGCACCUGGAGCAGUGUGUGCCCUUCCUGCUGCAGCUUGGGGACAGCCUUGGCGAGAGUCACCCCGCCCAGGAGCUGGUGGCGAAGGCUGUAACCCUCUACAGGAACCUGCAGUCCUUCCUGCAGCAGGCGCUGGACCAGGCCUCGGCCACUCAGGCCCUGUGGCACAGUCUGAGCAGCCGCCUGAAGGAUGCGCUCUGCACUCCGGCUCGCCGCCUCUUGCAGGACAGCCAGGACAUCCCCGUGAUGGCCACCCCGCUGCGGGCCGAGCGCGUGCUGCUCUUCGAUGACGCCCUGGUGCUGCUGCAGGUUGGGGGACCUUUGCACAGGCUGUUGUCGCUGCUGCCGGCCUCUGUCCGGGGAGCUCCUCGGCCCUCAGGCCUGGGCCUUGUGCCCCUUUCCCUGCUGGCCACCGAGCAGGCGCCGGGGCCAUCGGUCUCCUCCACGUCUAGGUGCAAGUUCUGGGUCCUUACGCCAGAGGAGGAGUUCUCCUUGUGCGCCAGCGAGCCCCGGGGCCGGGUGGUGUGGCAGUGGAAGGUGAGCCAGGCUGUGUGCCAGGCCCUUCGCGGGAGGAAGGACUUCCCGGUGCUGGGGGCCGGCCCCGCGGCCCCUGAGCCCCCUGCCUGCCGCUCUGCAGCCUACACCUUCCGAGCCGAGGGCCACCUCUGCGGGGCCACCUAUGAUGGGGAGUGGUGCUUGGCCCGGCCCCACGGCAAGGGGACGCUGAAGUGGCCGGAUGGACGGCAUCACGUGGGGAAUUUCCAGUGGGGCCUGGAGCACGGCUUCGGCGUCUACCUGGUGCCGAGGGCGGCCGAGGACCAGUUUGACUGUUACAAGGGCCACUGGCAGGAGGGCAGCAUGCAUGGCUAUGGCAUCUGUGAGUACGGCUCGGAGGAGGUGUACAAGGGCUACUUCCAGGCUGGCCUGCGGCACGGGUUUGGGGUCCUUGACAGUGCCCCGAAGGCCCCGCAGCCCUUCCGGUACACAGGCCACUGGGAGCAGGGCCAGAGGAGUGGCUACGGUGUCCAGGAGGACAGCAGCAGGGGCGAGCACUACAUCGGCUCGUGGCAGGCGGACCUGCGACACGGCCCGGGGGUGGUCGUCACCCAGGCGGGGCUGUGCUACCAGGGUACCUUCCAGGCCGACGAGAUGGUGGGCCCUGGGGUCCUCCUCUCGGAAGACGACUCGCUGUACGAAGGCACCUUCACCAGGGACCUGACCCUCGAGGGGACGGGCAAGAUCACCUUCCCCAACGGCUUCACCCUGGAGGGCUCAUUCGGCAGCGGGGCAGAGAGAGGGCUGUACACACAGGGCGUGCUGGACACGGCUGCCCUCCCACCGGACCCCAGCUGCACCCACAAGAGGCAGCUGGGCUUGGGCGCCUUGCCCGUGGAGAGCCGCUGGCGGGGCGUCUACAGCCCCUUCUGGGAAUUUGUGAAUGCCGGCUGCCCCGGGGAGCUGCAGGAGGCCCUGCUGGGCUUCCACGUGCAGAGCUCGAGGGACUACUUGAGCUGUGAGAGGGGCUGCCUCAAGGACAAAGCAGGCAGGAUGGAGGACGUCCUGGAGGAGCUGCUGCAGCACCGGGAGCCCGCAGCCCUACGGCGGUACCUGCACAAGGCUCUGAGCACCACACGGCACCCCCUGGGAAAGCUGCUCCGCACCCUGAUGCUGACCUUCCAGGCCACCUACACGGGCAUCGGGGCCAACAAGCACCUGCAGGGGCUGGCGCAGGAGGAGGUGAAGCAGCACGCCCGGGAGCUCUGGGCUGCCUACCGGGGUCUGCUGCAGGUGGCCCUACAGCUCAAGGGCCAGGUCCCGGAGGAGGCGGAGGAUGCAGAGACGAGGGACCGGCGGGUGCAUGGACUGAUGCUCCCCCUCGUGCUGCCCAGCUUCUACUCUGAGCUCUUCACCCUCUACCUGCUGCUGCAUGAGAGGGAAGACAGGCUGUACAGCCAGGGCAUCACCAACCUGAACCUGUUUCCCGACACCAAGCUGCUGGAGUUCCUGGACGUGCACAGGCACCUGUGGCCCCUGAAGGACCUGCGGCUGACGAGUAAUCAGCGGAGCUCCCUGGUCAGGGACAGAUGUUUCCUGUCGGCCAUCGAGUGUCUGCAGAAGAUCGUCACCACAGUGGACCCCCGAGAGAAGCUGGAGGUGCUGGAGAAGACGUACGGGGAGAUCGAGGCCACUGUGUCGCGCGUGCUGGGCCGGGAGUACAAGCUGCCCAUGGACAACCUGCUGCCGCUGCUCAUCUAUGUGGUGUCUCGGGCACGAAUCCAGCAUCUGGGGGCUGAGAUCCACCUGAUCCAGGACAUGAUGGACCCGGUCCACACAGGUGGCCGGUAUGACUUCCUGCUCACGGCCCUGGAGUCCUGUUACAAGUGCGUCCAGGACAUGAGGCUGCGCCAGCUGCCUGGCCACUGGGACCUCCGGGACCUCGGGUAGCUGCACCUGCCACGUGCUGCCUGUCUGUCCGGGAGCCAGUUCCAGGCACCGGACAGCCUGGGGAAGUUGGUGCCGUCUUUCUCUCAGGCAACCUCCCACUGCCCUGGCUGGCUGCAUCACCAUGCUCUGAUGACCCCGUAACUGGGGGUGAGGAGCCCCUGCUUUUCGUAGCCUGAGCUUUGUGUCCUCUUGACCAGGCCACCCCCUGUGUGCCCCGGAGGCACCCUCUGUAAACGGGGCAAUGGUCCACCAGGGCCUGGUGCCACCUUGCUGACUUCUGGAGUCCUUCUGCGUCUGUCUGUAGUCUGUUGGUUGGGCCGUCGCUGAAACCCUGCUGUCUCAGUCUCGUCGUCCCUGUUGUUGCGUUCCCGGCCAGAGGCUCCAGCGGGCUGUGACCCCAGUGGUGUCCCUGAGGAUCUGCGUCCUCCCUGGCUCUGCCUCUGGCCUGCUGGGUGUGGACUUGGAGUCCAGGAGCUGUGCUGCGCUCACCUUGUGUGCAUGGACCUUGCCUCACCACCAGCAAGUCCCACGCAGGUCGAGAACGGCAAGCUGGCGGCCUCUGUGGGCUGUGGGGACACAACAGGCUCCCACGAGGCCUGCCUGGGCCCCGACUGAUAAGCACCUUGGGCUCAGGGCCUGUAGGGUGUGGGGCUCUGGGCUUUAUUUAAAUGGUGGCUCUAGUGGGUCCCACCAGGUGCAGGACUGGGUCUUUGGGCAGCCUCCUCCCUGUAAAAGAGCUGCUCACACUGAACCAAGGCUGGGCCCCAUCGGGGACCAUAGAGCUCUGGCUGCCCCUUCAUGGCUGCCUGCAAAAGAAACAGGAGAGGCUUCUGGUCUCGUUCUACCCAUCACGUAGAUCUGAACACAGGGCCAGGGCUCUGGUUCUGCCAGUUACAGUCAGCUGUCAUCGCUGGGACAAACUCCUGAGAAGAGUGACCUAGAGGAAGAGAGGUUUGUUGCAGAGGUUGCAGUCCGUGGUCAGCCAGCCACAUUGCUUCAGGCUGGUGGCCAGGCAGAAACACCACGGCAGACAGUGUGGCAGAGGAGAGCUGAGGACAAGACACACCUUCCCAUUAUACCUCCAGUGACUUUCCUUCAACCUGGGCCCCCUCCUGAGUCAUCAGCUGGGGACAGCUGUCAACACAUGAGCCUGUGGGGGACAUUUCAGAUCUAAACCGUAUCAGCCAGGAAGCUGUGGCAUCCCCGAGAAAGUCCCCGGGUGGGAGGGCGGAUUUCCACACACCCAGGACUAUGGUGGCUCAUAGGGUCCUCCAACUGUUACCAGCUUCCUGGCCCAUGACAGGAAGAACCUCUACCCCGUCCUGCUAUACCAUGGCGAUCCCAGCACCUCUCCAGCCUCCUUUGGGAUCAGGGAGCCCUGUCCUCCACCCACCUUGUCUCUGACAUGGGUUCCAGUGGCUGUUGCUGAAGGCAGGCACUGAGGGGAUGGCAGAGUGACGUACAGAGCUAGGGCCUCACAGCUGGGCCUCCCCGCUUCCUCCUAAGCAAACUUUGUAUUUGAGGGGUGCUUUUCUGGGGAACUAUCGCAGUUAGGACGUGCUUACUUCCUCCAUUUUUGUAAAAAGUCCACCUCAUCUUUAACGGCAUCUGCUGCCUGUGGGCGACAGGGAACCCUAAAUGUCUCACAGACGCCUGGGUAGCCACCCACUGCUGGAGCUCCGACCCUCGUCUGCCUGCUGGGAUCAGGGGUCCCAGGGCACGUCCAUACGUCGGGGGCACAAUCCGCUCUGCGGGUGGGGAAGGCCUGUACUGUAGCCGACACCCGGUGUUGCUCUGGGAGACACUGCCUGUCGGGACCAGACCAUGGCCCUUGCAGUCCCUUUGCCCCUUGACCGUGCAGCUGGCAGUCAGGCACAGUCGGCAGCCUUCCUGGGCCUCGUGCUGGUGUCACGAAGCAUUGGCUUGGAUUCCCACGCUGUGUGAGGCGAUGUGCAGGUGACCAUGGUUCUUACCUGGGCUCUGCAGAGCUGGCCACCUUGCUGCUUCCGCUGAUGUCCAUUGCGAGAGGGUCCUGGGCCAUGGACAUGACGUGUGUCGUGAAUAGAGGGCACAGGCCCAUGCAGUCUGCUUCCGGGGAAUUGGACUAGAGCAUGAAGCCAUCCCACGGUCCGUGCCAACCCACUUGGUCAGUCCAUUGGCCGCUGGCUCCAGUCGGUGAAGGUGAUGCCUUUUGGAGGGAAAGGUUUCCGGGUGUCUUCGCUUUCCCACUGCUGGACAAUACCACCCACAGCGUAAAGGAGGAGGCUGAGUCGGGCUCACAGUAUCGGAGGGUUCAGUCCACGGUAGGCUGCUCCAAGGCAGGUGCAUCAUGACAGAGUCCUUCAGGCUAAUGUUCCUAGUAUUUAUUGCUUCUUCUUUUGAAGUGACCACUCUGUCCCCACUACUCAGGGGUCUUCAGUAGGUUUACAGGACCUGCGUAACUCGGGAUACCUGAGUAUCACGAGCGGAUUAUAGGACCACUGGAGCGAGUUUUUAUUUUAACAGGAUCUGUGCAGGAGCACAUGGGUUCAGCACACUGGACAGAGCCCUCCUAGACAAACCAAGAAAAGUGAAGGGAGGCUGCUUCUAGAACAGCUGCAGGCCUGUGAUUGGUUCAAAUUCGGGUCUUUUGAUUGAUUCAUAUACAGGCUUGUGGUUGGUUCAAAUGAGUGGGGCAGCCAGGACAGCUCAGCCCUCAUGGUGGCAGGUGAGCUGGUUGACUGACAGCUUCAGACCUCCCUGAAUACUGGGGAAUCUUCAGGGGGAUUGCGGUUAAUACUGGGCCCGGACCCUCCCCUCUGGAUCUUAGCCAUGGCAGGACUGUCCCCCUCCCUUCUUCAGAGGUGGCAGCGGUGGCCCGAGGGGGGCGAGGGGCAUGCAUCUGCCGGCCACGCUGCAGCUGCUGUUGGAGCAGCCUGCAUGGUGGCCUGACAGCAACCUCAUGGGUGGCAGGAGGGCACCGAGGCAGGAGGCAAGCUGUCCUGGUCCACUCUGGGGUGUGACAGCAUUGGCCAAACGUGCCCCUCGGGCCUGUGGGUGCCUCUCACCUGUCUGGUGUUGAGGUCCCGGGGAUCUAGGAGGCCCUUCUCACCCCGUUUCCCACCAGGGAUCCUGGGCCUAGGUGAAAGUAACAGAUUAACCUAAAGUAGACCAUCGACUUGCUUUUCCCCCAGGACCCCAUUUUCCACAGCAGUUUCCAGAACAGCCCUCAGCCCAGUGGCCCAUGAAAUGAGGCGGCUGUGCAGGCGCAGGCGGAGGGAGGCCGAUGCUCUGCCUGCUGGUGGUGGGUCGGCAGUGCUCCGGCUCCAGGCCCGCCCGGACUGGCUCCGGGUCUUGGUCCGGCUGCCCCAGCUGCCUGCCCCCAGCCGUCCCAGGGCGCGCGGGGCUUUGGUCUCUCCCAGCCUCAGCCCAGGCCGAGCGCAGGGGCUGACGUGGCCCGUGUGGAAGAUCGCGUAGAAACCAUCAUCAAGGCAGAUACGAGGUUGGAUAAUUUUGCUCUAGUAGAUCCUCCAUCUGUCGCUCAGCCCGGGUUCCGUGUGCACCUCAGCUCCAGAUAUCCGGGCUGUGCCUUUAGUCCUUGAGCAGCUGCUCUGGGCAAGGCUGAGGCAGGUGACCAGGGUCGGACACAGACGCGGCUCUGCCUGGAGGCCGGCACAGGCGACCAUGGUCCGGGCUCCUCCCCGCGUCGCUGUGACCCCAGCUUCCAGGGCUGUGCGUCCUCCAGUGUUCACGUGCUGGGACGAGGCGCUCUGUCCUCGUGAGGGGCUUACUGGUGUUUUUCUCAUUCUCGGAGUGGGUUUGUUACCGAAAGUCUGUCCCUCUCCCGCCCCUCUCGCACGUGCUGUCUUGCUCCUUCCCCUUCUACCCGGGGUGCUGCCAUGUGGGCUCCCCUCACCCUGGGACUUCCCAGCUUCCAGAAAUGUAAGAAGCAAAGCUCUGUUCUUUAUAAAGGACCCAGUCUUCUUAUUUUGCUGGCACCACCGGUUGCCCAAA